UGAGAUGCGCGAGAUGCAAGACUCGCUCUUACUGUCACAUACAGUAUUUGCUCAUGUGCACGGGCUCGCUUGACGAUUUGCACAGAGUGGUAGCCAGGGUACCAAGCAGUGGAGGUUGAGCCACGCGUUUCAAUGCUCUUAGUUGUAACGGAAAUAGACUUUGCUGUUUACUUUCUCCAUCUACGUCAGGGAUACACCUCGCGAGAUUGGAAAGAGCAAAAUCGAAAGUUAAGAGUCUGUUAGAACGUUUGAGAUCUGUUGUGUUGUAUUUUUCAACAUCAACAGAUCUUUCAGAAAUCGAUAGGGAGGAAGAAGCAAGUCGUCUGAAAUCAUAUUGCUGGGUUUGUGUGUUUGACUGAGGAUCCUCCAGUUUCAAGAACUUCAAAGCGACAACAACAUGGCGCCUCCGUAUGGAGACAUUAUGAAGGUAGAAACAAGUGGUGCUUCCUGGAGGACAGCAAACGCGGAUGGGGAAAAAGACGAAGGGGUGCUUGCAUCUCACAUAAUGGCAGAGCAUGACCGUGCUGCCAUGGACAAGUACAAGAGACUCAUAAUGAAGGUGGCAAAGAGGAAUGAAGUGGACCCAGCUGUUAUCUGUGGCAUCAUCUCAAGAGAGUCCCGGGCUGGGACAGGACUGGACAAGCACGGCAGGGGGGACAAUGGCAAGGCCUUCGGACUUAUGCAGAUUGACACUACCCCAGCCCCGAGCGGUGGCGGGCACACUCCAAAGGGGGAAUGGAACAGUGAGGAGCAUCUCCAACAAGGCACUGAAAUUCUGAUUAAGUUCAUCAAAAGAAUCCAGGAGAAAUUUAAUUCAUGGACCAAGGAGCAGCAACUGAAAGGGGGAAUAGCAGCCUACAAUAAGGGAGAUGACCGUGUAGAGUCAUAUGAGGAAGUGGACACUCAUACCACUGGAGUGGACUACUCCAAUGAUGUUGUUGCCAGAGCUCAGUGGUUCUACAACCAUGGUUAUUGUGAAACAACAAACCUUGUCAUUAAAGUAGCAGCUGUUAUAGUGGGAGCUGCAGUGGGAGGAGGUUCUGCUGUUGCCCUGGCACCAAUAGUCCUCACAGGGAUCGGGUUUGGUGCUGGCGGGAUUGCAGCUGGAUCAACAGCAGCAGGCAUGAUGUCUGCCGCGGCCAUAGCCAAUGGAGGUGGGGUAGCAGCAGGGAGUCUUGUUGCUAUUCUACAGUCAGCAGGUGCCGUAGGGCUCUCGGGAACGGUCACUGCAGUUGUUGGAAGUGCGGGAGCAGCCAUCGGAGGAGCAGUGGGAGGAGCUGUGGGAUGGCUGAAAACAAAGAUUUCUUAAAUGUUCCAUAGAGGCUUUGAAGAACACCUGUCAGUAGAGCAAUACACCCUCACACUGUUGAUACUGCAUGCUUAAAGUAUUCCACUUGUCAACUGAAUAAAUAAAAAAAUCCAUUGCAACUCUGCUGUUAAGAAAAACAGGUUCUCUGAGGAUUGUUCCCUAAUUAUUCCCAAAUUUUGCAUUUUAAAUUAGCUCAGUGGUUCUACAGCAAUUGUUAUGGUAAAAAAAAAAAACUUUUUAACCUUUUAUGAACAUGUUGAAAAUGAUGACUACACCCAGUAAAAAUUACACAACUUCAAACAGUCUCAUCCAAGUUUCUUCCGUAGUUGAAUCUUUCAGCAACUUGUCAUUGCGCAAUAUAAUUAAACAUUUCUUAUUUUCUGCCCUUUUGGAAUGGAUGUGUUUUUAGUUGACUGUCUUGGUGGGACUUGUAGCAAUAUUGAUGUUACUCAUAUUGAUGUUAAAAAAGGAAACAGAAACCAGUUGUUACUUACUUUAUUAAUGUGCUGCUUGACAACAUGCCUAGUAAAGUUUGCUUAACUAUA